UGGCGCGUCUCCAGUCAAGAUGAAUUUUGGUUCCAAAAGCAAGAAGCGGAUGGUGCUGCCAUCCAGACCGGAUCCGCCGACCGUGGAGCAGAUCAUGGAGGACGUGAACCGAGCCUGUCCUAGUGAUCCGGUGUUCACCGUUUCACACGAUUCUGCCGAAGAUCUGAAAGCCAAUUCCAAUAGCAGUGAAGUGGAGAAGAGAUACCUGCAGAGCAGACGCUACAUAGAGCUACAUGAGCGAUUGCAAGAGGAACGCGGCAGUCUCACGCGGCGGAGAGACGAGCUGCAAUGCGGCCGGGAGUCUCUAGAGCACAGUGUGAUGGAGGUCAAGAGGCGCUCUGUGACAACUCGCUCUGUAGCUUUUGAAUUUGAGAUUUGCUCAUUCUGCUGA